AAUUUCGGAUCCAAAUAAAUAAUGCGUUUUAAAAUGUUGCAAAAACGCUUUCAAAUAUUGUAUAUUAGUUUGUUGAAAUUUUCUGUUGACGAUAUUGCGAAAUAUUAAUUGUACAAAAUGUAUUGCAAAAUUAAGUUUUAGUAUUGACAUCUCUUAUUGAGGAGUAUUGUUGAACGAAAAUAUAUGGGACGGUUAUUUAAAAAAAUAUGUCCAACAAAUGUGUUUAAUAAACUUAGCUAACUGAAAAAUUCUAUAUAAAUAAUAGUAAAUGAGAUUAAUCGAAGUUAUAAGUAAUUAUAGUUUACUUUUAAUUGAAAUUGUAAUGUAAAAAUGUUAUAACCUAUAUGGAUUUCGGUGAUUUACUGUUUAAAGUUAAAUAAUCGUAUGCUCAUGGCAUAGCGCAUAAUGUAUAUAAUAAAUACCAAUUGUAAUAUUUAAGUAGAACAACUUGAAAAUACAGUUCGUAGUGUCAUUAUGACGCGUAAAUGCGUAUUGUGUAAGGAAACCAAUUACAGGAAUACUUAUAGCUUUUUCUCAGCACCUAAGGACCCAGAAUUACGUAAAAAGUGGCAAAGUGCUAUUGGUAUUGAAAAUUAUUCUGUCACUGAUGAUACCUACGUUUGUAGUAAACAUUUUCAUAAAGAUGAUAUCAUUACCCACUGGGUUAGUGGAGUGCCACCACAUGUAAUAACAAUUAAAUAUAAGAAAUGUAGAUUACGACCAGGGGCUAUUCCUGGAAGAAAUUAUCAUCUUGAAGGAAAUACCCAGUCUCAAGAACAUUCUGAUGAUUCUGAUGUAAAUAUAAAUUGUUAUUCACCAUUUAAAUCAAGAAGAACACCUGGUUUGUUGAAAAAGGAACAAAAUUUCCUAAUACCUAGAACUGAAGGAAAAUUACAAAUAAGUUAUGCCGAAGAUCCUAAAAUUUCAUCAUUGUAUCAGCUUCCGCAUAGAUUUGUAGACUAUAGUUACAUUUCCAAAAGGAAUUUGCAAAAUGAUAUAGAAUUCUCUGAGGAUGGUUCAAGUCUUAAUAACAUAUCGUACAAUAAUCCCAGAAAUAAAGAAUCCCCUAAACAAAAUUCAAAUCAAACGAAACAAAAUACAAUAGUAUGUGUAAAAGAAGAGGUUUUAUCCGAUAACCAAGAUUUAAUAGAAAAUAUAAAAGUGGAAGAUGAAACAGAAGAACAGAAUGAAAUAUGUCAAGAAGAUUCUUAUUCUGAUGUAUCUAACAGAGUACUGGAUUCUUCUUUUAAAGAUUUUAAUACCUCCAACGAAGAUAAUGCAUCGAUGUUGAAUCAUAAAAUAAGAGGAGAUACCGUUUCCAAGGAGAAAUCGACAGAUAAUAAUUUUAAUGCCACUGAAAAUAUAUACAUAGAAAAUCAAAUAGUGAAUAAUUCAAACUAUGAUCAACUAGACACCCACUAUUCUGUAUACAGUGAUACAGAUAAAAAUGAAAUGUUAUUUGAAGAUUUACUUGAAGUAUGUACAGAAGUAUUAUUACCACGCGGUUGGUCUUGCUUGGUAACUUCAAAAGGUCAUACAACAACAAUAGUAUACCUAUACAUGGGUAUGACAAAAAGUGGAAUGCCUUUCGCAGAGAAACAAGUGUUUAUAAAGAGUGAUAUGAUGUUGCAUUGCGCUGUUGUAAAUAAAGAAAUAAACCCAUUAAUUCACAACCUCAUAAGAGAGGGGAAACAUUUAAAAGUACAAAACUUAGUAGAUAUAGAAGAACUAAUUGAUGAAUUCGAUCAAAGGAUCGUCUGUCAAGGUAUACAUGAUACUGAAAGGUUUCAAGAAAUUAAUUACAUCAAAUAUGCAUAUAAAGAUGGUGUAAAGUGGAGACACGUUUUAUGUCCAUUACUAGUGAAUAACGAUUUGUCCAGAUGUACAAGGUGCAUUUCUCUAUCUCACAGAUUACAACAUAAAACAAAAAGUUUCUUUUCUUUUCCAUACAAACGUUCCAUAUUUACCAGAAAACACUCGAAAGUACACUCUAUCCGCCAAAAAUGUAAACGCGUAAGGAGACAAGAUCGCAAAUAUGAGUUUGUAAAUAUAUUUAAACAAUAAUUUCAAAUAAAACCAAGAAACAAAAUUUUUACUACAUG